AUGAGGUGGUACUUUAAGGGGAGAGUUAGCCAGCCAGACUCUACGGAACAGAGGAGCGGCUAAAAAGACAGUCUGGAGUAGGGGGCGAGAAAGGGGAGGUAGACGAGGCUAAGAAAGUUGUAGAGUUGUAGUUGAGGGCGAGGGAAAAAGUGUUGCGAGAGGGAGGAAAAGCCAGAAACCUGAGGCGUCAGAGACCUGGGGGCCGAGAGGUUUGAGUGUUUGCCUUGCUUCCUCUGGUGGCUCCAAGGUUACACAUUAACCCCUGUGGGGCUCCUGGGUCAACCAAGUCCCUCUCGGUUUCUAGGUGAGAGCACGAGUGUCUCAGGAUUGUGCACCUGUGCCUGCGCAAGGCGGACCAGAAGCUGGUGAUCAUCAAGCAGAUUCCAGUGGAGCAGAUGACCAAGGAAGAGCGGCAGGCAGCCCAAAAUGAGUGUCAGGUCCUUAAGCUGCUCAACCACCCCAAUGUCAUUGAGUACUACGAGAACUUCCUGGAGGACAAGGCCCUCAUGAUUGCCAUGGAAUACGCGCCAGGUGGCACCCUGGCGGAGUUCAUCCAGAAGCGCUGUAAUUCCCUGCUGGAGGAGGAGACCAUCAUGCACUUCUUUGUGCAGAUCCUGCUUGCACUGCAUCACGUGCACACCCACCUCAUCUUACACCGGGACCUCAAGACCCAAAACAUCCUUCUUGACAAGCAUCGCAUGGUUGUCAAGAUUGGUGAUUUUGGCAUCUCCAAGAUCCUUAGCAGCAAAAGCAAAGCCUACACGGUGGUGGGCACUCCAUGCUACAUCUCCCCUGAACUGUGUGAGGGCAAGCCCUACAACCAGAAGAGCGACAUCUGGGCCCUGGGCUGCGUUCUCUAUGAGCUGGCCAGCCUCAAGAGGGCCUUUGAGGCUGCGAAUCUGCCAGCACUGGUGCUGAAGAUCAUGAGCGGCACCUUUGCACCCAUCUCUGACCGGUACAGCCCGGAGCUACGCCAGCUCGUCCUGAGCCUGCUCAGCCUGGAGCCCACACAGCGGCCACCGCUCAGCCACAUCAUGGCACAGCCUCUCUGCAUCCGUGCUCUCCUCAACCUCCACACGGACGUGGGCAGUGUCCGCAUGCGGAGGGCAGAGAAGUCCCUGGCCACUGGGCCACCCCUGGCCCCAGGCAGCACAGGGAGCAGGACCACCAGUGCCCGCUGCAGGGGCAUCCCCCGGGGACCCGCACGGCCAGCCAUUCCACCACCACUGUCCUCCGUGUACACGUGGGGUGGGGGGCUCAGCGCUCCUCUGCGGCUGCCCAUGCUCAACACAGAGGUGGUCCAGGUGGCUGCCGGGCGCACUCAGAAGGCUGGCGUCACACGCUCUGGGCGCCUCAUCCUGUGGGAGGCCCCGCCCCUAGGUGCGGGAGGGGGCGCCCUCCUUCCAGGGGCAGUGGAGCAGCAGCAGCCCCAGUUCAUCUCGCGUUUCCUGGAAGGCCAGUCAGGUGUGACCAUCAAGCACGUGGCCUGUGGGGACCUCUUCACAGCCUGCCUGACCGACCGAGGUAUCAUCAUGACUUUUGGCAGUGGCAGCAAUGGGUGCCUAGGCCAUGGCAGCCUCAAUGACAUCAGCCAGCCCACCAUCGUGGAGGCCCUGCUGGGCUAUGAGAUGGUGCAGGUGGCCUGCGGGGCGUCUCAUGUGCUGGCUCUGUCCACUGAGCGGGAGUUAUUUGCCUGGGGUCGUGGAGAUGGCGGCCGGCUGGGACUAGGCACCAGGGAGUCCCACAGCUGCCCUCAGCAGGUGCCCGUGCCACCAGGACAGGAGGCCCAGCGGGUUGUGUGUGGCAUUGACUCCUCCAUGAUCCUCACUGUGCCUGGCCGAGUGCUGGCCUGUGGGAGCAACAGAUUCAACAAGCUGGGCCUGGACCACCUGUCCCUGGGGGAGGACUCUGGCCCCCACCAACAGGUGGAGGAGGCUCUGAGCUUCACGCCGCUAGGUUCUGCACCCCUGGCCCAGGAGCCCCUGCUGAGUGUGGACCUGGGCACUGCUCAUUCAGCUGCUGUGACUGCCUCUGGUGACUGCUAUACUUUCGGCAGCAAUCAGCAUGGGCAGUUGGGUACCAAUGCUCGCCGGGUCAGCCGGGCACCUUGUCAAGUUCAAGGCCUCCAGGGCAUCAAGAUAGCCAUGGUGGCCUGUGGGGAUGCCUUCACUGUAGCUAUUGGAGCAGGUGAUUCGUGGGCCCAAUGGGAGCAGAUAGGGGUAUGGACAGGCCCAUGGGCAAUGCGAGUGGUAUCAUGCUCGGAUCUGCUGAACUCAGCAACCUUGUACUGGGACCAGUACAGCCGUCUGGGAGGACCACUGCUCUCUGAGCUGUGUCCUCUGUUUCGUUCUUUGGGGUUUUCUUUGGCAGAAGGUGAAGUAUAUUCUUGGGGCAAAGGGGCUCGAGGUCGACUGGGAAGGAAGGAUGAAGAUGCUGGACUCCCUCGUCCCGUGCAGCUGGAUGAGACACACCCCUACACAGUGACUUCUGUGUCCUGUUGCCAUGGAAACACUCUUCUGGCUGUUCGCCCGGUCGCAGAUGAGCCCAUCCCCCCGUGAGGCAGCUGGAUACACCUCUGCACCACCCUGCUAUUGCUUCUCGGAAUGUUCUUGAAAAGUACAGGUGCCUGAGGCACGACUGUCCCCACCCAUGGCCCCUGGAUUAUGUCCAAUGGGAUAUAAGAACUAGUGAAGCUUCUGAGCUGCUUUUGGCCCCGAAUGUGUAAAACUCAACCCACCCCAUCCCCCUAACACUUCUUUCCCCCCCUCACCUCUUCUCUUAAGUCAGUGCCCCCAGGGCCCAGCGUGGCCAGAGUUGGAAGCCAAACCUAACCUUUGGAAACAGGGUAGCCUUCAGAGCCUUGGCAGAAAAAGGCUGGAGAUGGAUGUGGCUCUGCCCAGACCCAGCCCCUUCCCCUGCCCUGGUAAAAAAUGCGUCCCUCGCACCCACGGAGACUGCAGCUCAGUGCUUUGGAGCAGGACAGGCAGAGCCUGCCUGGACCGGGCAUUCCAGCGGCCUAGCCUAAAGAUUGCCUGGGGCCGGGAGGUCCUAGGGAGCUUAUGUCAACUACAUGUCACCUGGCAUCCUUGCUGAAGGUUGCCCCUCAACCCUUGCCAUUCCUCCAAAACAGGUUGGGGGAAAGGGUAACUGGCUGGAGCAGACCAGUUUCCAGCUGCCUGGGAAGUAGUGCCAAUAAAAACAUCAGC